UGCCUCGCAUUGCUUCUCUUCAAUAUACACAGAGCUGUCUGUGAUGCUGGUGCGCGCUAGUUAAUUCAUUUCUCACCUUCUCCGUCUCACGCGUGGAAUAAGCAUCUUUUCUCUGAAGCCGACGGUCCGCUCUGACAAGUUCUCAAAGGAUAUUGCCCAGGUCUUCAAACUAAAGACAGCCUUCCAUUGUUUUGAACUCUGGUCAUAUUGUAAGGACUGCCUUACCAUAUCGCUUAGUUACGUUUUCUGUAACAUGAAAUUAACUUGAUAAAAAAAAAAAAAUCGGAGCAUUUUAUUUCCGUUAAAUUCAAAGAAAAUCGUUCGCCUCAGAACGGACUGUAAUGCCUGACAACACAAUGAUGAACAAGAAAGGAAUGGUGACUAAAAUUCACACGCGAAUAAAGACAGAGCCUUUCAAGAACAACUAUGACCUUGUAGGAGAGGAGUUGGGCAGGGGCAAGUUUGCCGUGGUGAAGAAGUGCGUCGAGAAGGCCACCGGGAAGGAGCACGCUGCCAAGUUCCUGCGGAAGCGGCGCAAGGGCGAGGAUUGCCGCGGCGACAUCCUGAACGAGAUCGCCGUGCUGGAGCUGGCCAAGUCCAACCCGUAUGUGGUGGCACUGCACGACGUCUACGAGACCACGAGCGAGCUCAUCCUCGUACUCGAGUGCGCUGAAGGCGGAGAGAUCUUCAACCAGUGUGUUGCCGACAACGACGAGGCCUUCACAGAGAAGGACGUCAUCCGAUUGGCUCGCCAGAUCCUUGCGGGUGUGGCAUUCCUGCACAGGAACAACGUUGUCCAUCUUGACCUGAAGCCCCAGAACAUCCUGUUGACCAGUGCUCAGCCCCUUGGGGACAUCCGGAUUGUGGACUUUGGCCUGUCCCGACGCAUGGACUCCCUGACAGAGGUGCGGGAGAUCCUGGGCACUCCGGAGUAUGUAGCUCCAGAGAUCUUGAACUAUGAGCCCAUCACCACUGCAACAGACAUGUGGAGCAUUGGAGUUCUGACGUACGUCAUGCUGACGGGGGAGUCGCCCUUCCUGGGUGAGGACAAGCAGGAGACCUACCUGAACAUCUCCCAGGGCAACGUGGACUACUCCCAGGAGGUGUUCGAGGGCGUCUCCUCCCUGGCCAUCGACUUCAUCCAGUCGCUGCUCCACACAAACCCAAGAAAGCGGGCCACAGCUGAGGAGUGCCUGAGCCACCCAUGGCUGAGCGGUCACUCUCCUCACGUCCACACCGCCGUUCCCCCUGCCCCUCCGAUGCCUGCCCGCGUGCCGCUGGAGUCGCUGGACGAGACCAGAGAGUUGGAGUCGCUGGACGAGACCAGCCAGUCCGAGUCGGAGCCCGAGAGCCCUGUGCCGCCGCCCCAGCUGCCGGUGCCCUCGUCGUUCGCGGCCUUCCCCGGCCAGGGCGAGCUCAAGUCUGGACGAGACCAGAUCUGGCUGAUCUUCAGCUUGGAGCCCUUCCCAUCCCGACAGGAGAUCCAGCAGGAGGUCCUCUGCUGAUCCAAUUGGAGCAGCAGCCAAUCAGCAGAGGGCUCGAUUAGCUCAGCGGCCAAUGGGGUUCUCCUGAUGAUGAACUGUGACUGACUGAUUUGUGCUCCUGUGCAUGACUGACAGUGUUGCGGCGUGUGCCCGUCUGCCUUUCUGCGUGAAUGUGAUGUGGCCUAUCCCCUGAACCGAACCUCUCUCCUCUGAACACACAAGUGGGCCUGCAUCGUGGCCCUAGAGACAAUGUGUUUAUAAAGCCUUGAUACGCCGUUUGUAAACCUUAAAUAGCAACUGAUCUGAAGAAGGAAAGACUUGAAAAGAAAUGAAGACCGGUUUUGAAAGGUUUGAAAAUAAAAAAGCCAUAUAAUGGCUUUAAAAAAUGCACUCAAGUCCUGUCAUUCCUGUAUGGGGGAAGAGGCAACUCAAAGUGGAGGAGGUGGGCUAAGUUCUUAUAAGAUGAGGCCUUGAUCUAGUAGCCUUACAGAUUGAGAUCCGUUUGAAUGAGAAGUAUGGUUGCAAUGGUGGUGAUGAAGGCCUUUAUCUGUUUGGUAGUCCACUGGUGACACCCCCUCCCAUCCACAUUCACCAUUUAAAAUGAAAAAUCUACAAGCACUUUUAUUUAAAUUGUAUAAUUUUAUAGUUUAAAAAAAUGUUAAGGAGUCCUUUGCCAAAGACGUGAUGACAUGGUUCAGACAAGCACAACAUUUUAGUUGUUAGAGGUGUCCACCCACACAUAUGUACAUAACCACACACACACAUCACUGUCUCCUAUUAUUCGGAGUGUCCACCAAGUUCCAGAGUGACAGGUUUUUGAUGUUGUCAUUUAGUUGUUGUUUUGUCAUGUUUUGCUGUUGUUGCACAUGUGACCUGUACUCACAGCCUGGGUUGAAGUUUUUUCACUUAUGCUUUUGAUUUCGUGCUCCUGUCUGAUCCAUGCGUUUCCUCCUAGAACCUCACUUGCUGAUCACAUUUUUUAGACAAAAAACACAAAAAACAAGAUGGCCGCCUCAGGAAGUAUACUGUACUUAGAACUGUGCUGUUUUCUUUUGAUUGGGUGGCCAAGAGAUGUCUUGAUUAGGAGAUGUAUAUACAGCUCUCAGUGACUCUGGAGCGGCUAGCUGAACAAUGACUUGCAUGAGAGAGGGCGAGAGAGCAGUGAGAUGACUUAAGUGCUUAACCUGGGAGAUUCUCCACAUUAAGAAGAAGAAAGUGAGAAAUGUCUGCUUUUGGAUAUUUUCUCUCAAGUAAGAAGUCAAUGUAUAUUUUGUGUGUUUCUUCUUUUUGUUUUAAGAUGAAUUGUGUACAAAAUAUUUUUCUAUUGUGGCAUUGUACUGUAAGGAGUGAUAAAUUGUAUUAAAAUUGUAUUAAGUUUCUUUUUUUCUUUUUUUUUUACUCUUUUCUUUCCCCGAUGUUUGCUUUUAAGCUUCAAACAGGUUUGCACUUAGUGGAAAUCCUGAUCUUAAUAUAAAUAAAUGUUAAUGGCAUGCAUCAAAAAUAAAUUUUGUAUGAAACAAGUCA